AAAGGUAAAGAAAGUGGAAAAAUUGGGAUCAAAAAGGGUACUGAGGAAAAAAAUACACAUGUACUAAAAAGCACAGUACCGGAGCAGAUAGAAAGAAGCACAGAGGGAAAAGAGGAGAGCGAGGUAGAUGGAUCCUGCUUAUGCCUACUCCAUCUCUCUUUCAGCACCAAGGACAGAACCUCUUAGCGGGUGACCCUAGCAACGUUCAGUUUAGGGUCCCUCCCAAAUCCUCCAGAGAAAACGGAUGCAUUCAAACGCAGCUAUAAAACAUGCACUAAGAUCUAAUAGGGAAGCUGGAAAAGGAGCACACAAGUAAUUUCACCUUAGAGGCAAAAAUGGGUGAUUUUCUUUCUGUUCAUGUAUAUAGUUUCUGUGUCCUGGGAAAGGCAAAGUUUGCUUUGCUUGGGUAUGUCUGCUGUCAGUAAAUGGCUGCAGGAGCUGAAGUGCUAAACUCCACAGUCUCCCGGAAUCAGAAGAAAUUUUCAGGGAAACCACUCAGGGUCACGCUCCUUUCUCUGAGCUAUGGCGCCUCUGAGCCAGCUGAGCGGCCACCUGAACUACACCUGUGGGACAGAGAACUCCACAGGUGCCAACUGGGCCCGCCCACAUGCCUACUAUGCCCUCUCCUACUGCGCACUCAUCCUGGCCAUCGUCUUUGGCAACGGCCUGGUGUGCAUGGCUGUGCUGAGGGAGCGGGCCCUGCAGACCACCACCAACUACCUGGUGGUGAGCCUGGCCGUGGCAGACUUGCUGGUGGCCACCUUGGUGAUGCCCUGGGUGGUAUACCUGGAGGUGACAGGUGGAGUCUGGAAUUUCAGCCGCAUUUGCUGUGAUGUUUUUGUCACCCUGGACGUCAUGAUGUGUACGGCCAGCAUCCUGAACCUCUGUGCCAUCAGCAUAGACAGGUACACUGCGGUGGUCAUGCCGGUGCACUACCAGCAUGGCACAGGACGGAGCUCCUGUCGGCGCGUGGCCCUCAUGAUUACGGCCGUAUGGGUGCUGGCCUUUGCUGUGUCUUGCCCGCUCCUCUUUGGCCUCAACACUACAGGGGACCCCAGCGUCUGCUCCAUCUCCAACCCUGAUUUUGUCAUCUACUCUUCAGUGGUGUCCUUCUACUUGCCCUUUGGAGUAACUGUCCUUGUCUAUGCCAGAAUCUAUGUAGUGCUGAGACAAAGGAGACGGAAACGGAUCCUUACUCGACAGAACAGUCAGUGCAUCAGUGUCAGGCCUGGCUUCCCUCAACAGCCCCUCCCUCCUGGUCAGGCACACAUGGAGCUAAAGCGCUACUACAGCAUCUGCCAAGAUACUGCCUUGGGGGGAUCAGGCUUCCAAGAAGGAGGAGGAGAGUUGAAAAGGGAGGAGAGGAGUCGGAACUCCCUAAGCCCCACCAUAGCACCCAAGCUCAGCUUAGAGGUUCGAAAACUCAGCAAUGGCAGGUUAUCAACUUCCCUGAAGCUGGGACCCCUGCAACCUCGGGGAGUGCCACUUCGGGAGAAGAAGGCAACACAGAUGGUGGUCAUUGUGCUGGGGGCCUUCAUUGUCUGCUGGCUGCCUUUCUUCUUGACUCACAUUCUCAAUACCCACUGCCAAGCAUGCCACGUGUCCCCAGAGCUUUACAGCGCCACGACAUGGCUGGGCUAUGUGAACAGCGCCCUCAACCCCGUGAUCUAUACCACCUUCAAUGUCGAGUUCCGCAAAGCCUUCCUCAAGAUCCUGUCUUGCUGAAGGAGGAGAGGCGGGAAUACUCCCUGUACCCAUUUCUAGCUACCAGGCUGUGGGGCCACUGGCCAGGGCCUGCUUAGAAAGACUGUGAUGUCCUCUGGCAUGUGCUAGGAAGAAGAUUCCUGGAGCCAGGACAUCCCCGAGUGGCUGAUAUAACCAAAAGCUUCUUCCAAAACAGAAUGUUCUACCUCCCCAGCUAAAAUCUGACUUCGUUCUGACAGUUUUCAAACGGUUGGGGAGCCCCUAAGUGAUAAGCAAUAAUUCAGAAAGGAGUUGAUAAAACAUGACUCACACAAAAUUGUCAUUGGAGGCAUGAUUCAUUACAGUGAAGGAAAAAUGAACAGAACUCAUUAUUCUUAACUUGCCAGGGAUCCUUGAAAUCUCAGCCAGUAAACAAUCUCACAGAGCAACCAAUCUCUCUUCUUUCAAACCUCUAAUUAACUGUCAUGCUAACCUUGUACUUUUGUGGGCCCAUUCCCUUUUGAUCAUUCCUUUCCUUCACUGUAUCUGGAAAUAUGUAUGGCAAGGCCAAAACUUCCACCUCACUGUAGAAUCCGAUCGGCUACAUUUGAUGAGGUGAAUUCCUCACUCCAAGGGGAACACUGUCCCACAUUGGGACCAGAGCUUUGUUUCAAACCUUGCUACCCCUGUCUUUUAGGUCUAGCUCAGUCCCUUUGAUUCAUUCCCUUAUUCUCUUGAGGCAGUCUCAGAGUCUCAGCUUCCAGAGUCAUUCAAGAUGGCGAUGCAAACUGCAGAAGAGAUGACAAUUCCCACUGUAGUAUCACUGUUGGACCUUGUGAUUCAGAAUGUGCCAUAGAUAUGCUUUUCAUAACACUAUAAAGUUUUCCUACCCGUGGCAUCUCCAUUUUUCUGCUGAUGUGAGACCCAGUAUAGUCAUGUGCUGCAUAAUGACAUUUUGGUCAAUGACAGACCACAUAUACUGUGGUUGUCCCAUAAGAUCAUAAGAGAUGAAAAAUUCCUAUCACCUAGUGAUGUCAUAGCCAUUAUAAUGUUGUAGCACAAUGCAUUACUCACGAGUCUCUGGUGAUGCUUGUGUAAACAAACCUACUAUGAUGCUGGUCAUAUAAAUGUAUACAAUUAUGUACAGUACAUAAUACUUGAUAAUAAAUGACUAUGUUACUGGCUUAUGUA